AUGUUCACGUUUCUCGAGUCGCCGAGUAAUGGCAGCACGAGCCAUGGUGUACAGUCUCUAACCAUCACUGCUACUGGAGAGCUCAGCAAUAAUGACCUCGAUUAUAUCCGUGAUGAGCUGCACUGUUUGAUUGCAACUGACGCCUUCUGGAACGUGCUUUUCGAGAAGCUUGACCCUCUUACAAGAGUCACCGUUCUGGCACCUCCAAGCAAGCUCGCUUGUCUGCUCGGGUGCAGUAUGAACAUGCUGGACGCUUGGGCAUUUCCAGGCAUGUCGAUGCAGCUGAUUUCGGUAUGGAGGNAGCCUAGACCUGUGGAAGCUGCAGACCAUCAUCGCUCACCAUCUGAAAGCGACUAUGAUAUGAUGCAGCCAGUGGAAUUGGUCAUGGAGCCCAACGAGUACGGUAGACCCGCCUUCUCAAGUCUGAUCUACAUCAGGCCAUGGACCCAUCUGGCUGUAAAUGAAGGAUCUUUCCUCGAAGCUUACUCGACGUACGAGUAUUUCCAUAAGAAUCCUCCAGGCAUCUUGGCAUCGGUAGGUAGAGCAUUCCGGCUUGAGAUGGAUAUGUGGUCGGUAGCAUACAAGGCCGUCUUCNCUUUUGGCAAUCACAUCGGCUCACCGCUUGAUCGAAUCACAUACAAGGGCAAUUCAUCGAACGUACGAAAACUUUAUGUCAAGUUAGCACCCGAUCCGGAUGACACAAUUCUGGAUGAUCCUGCCCAAGUUGGCAAGGCAGACAUUGCUGAUUGCUGGCGUGAGGUAGAGUCGGCAUACAGAUUCUUGACGGAUCCUGCUCUCAGAGGUGAACCGGACUUUGCACAACCUGGGGCGGCUAGGGAGCUUGAGAUGUUUGGCUUCGGCGACAGUACCAUUCCUUCGAUCAGAGAUACUGUCAGCGGCUCGCUAACCACUGCGGGAUGGCAAGAGGUGAUCGAAAAUGAGUGGCACAGCUCCCGACUUACAUCUCGUUUGAGGUCACCGGUGACUGGCGAGAUGGACAUCUCCAGAAGACUGAAAAAUUUACAGAUCGAAUGA